GUGAACCGACCUCGUUUUGACAAUUGGCAAGAACAAGCAAGACCGUACUCGAAACCCAAACGUCGCCGUUCUAGUUCUCUCACCCGUUUUCCCUUAUCUUUCGCUGCUUUCGCACUCUCACUUCGUGGAGUGGUCAUGGCGGACAAGCUUUCGAACGAGGUUAUUCUUGAGCAGCUAAGGAAUGGGAUUGCUAACUUCGAGCUGGUCUCUUCUCCGGUUCCUUCAAUUUCAAUUCCGAAUUCUCAACCAUGUCCUACGGCUUUCCUUGAAUACAAUAGCCAUAGGUUCUUUGCUAAAAUUGGACCACCAUUGGGCAUAGGAUCACCAGCCAUGAGGAAAGUUGAGCGCUACUCGAUUCAGAGAGUUGCCGGAGAUGGCCGCUGUCUUUUUCGUGCCCUGGUCAAAGGUAUGGCUUUCAACAAGGCUAUUUCUCUAAACCCACGAGAAGAGAGAGAAAAUGCAGAUGAAUUACGAAUGGCUGUGAGAGAGGUUAUAUGUGAAAAUGAUAAAGAACGGCAUCAGUAUGAAGAAGCACUGGUUGCAAUUACAGUUGAGGAAUCUUUAAAACGUUACUGCCAACGCAUCGAACGACCUGAUUUCUGGGGAGGAGAGUCAGAGCUACUGGUGCUUUCAAAGUUGUGUAGGCAGCCAAUUGUUGUUUACAUACCGGAGCAUGAGCACGCAAAGGGUGGGCGGGGCUCUGGUUUUAUUCCCAUUGCUGAGUAUGGAGCUGAGUUUGGUAAGGGCUUGAUAAAAGAAAGAGCCAGGAAAGUCGUGAGGCUACUGUACAGUGGGAAGAACCACUAUGAUCUGCUUGUCUGACAACUCAUCUGAAAAUCCAUUUUGCCUGAGGGGGAAUAAGCUAAUGAUGCUGAGUGCAUGGAGAUGCCUUUUUUAGUACUGUAUUAAUGAAAAUGUAUAAUCUUUCCUGUGGGAUUUACUAGUAUUAUUAUUAUUAUUAUUAUUAAUAACGUUGAUCUC